AAAAUAUCUGAAUUUAAAAAUCAAGGAAUAAAAAUAAUUAGAUUUUAUUGAAUCGCUGUAAACAAAUCUAAAAAAAAAAAUAAAACAAAAUGCCGAAAGUCGAUCCCGAAACACAAAAAUUAUACGAUGAAAUUAAUGGAUUAAUAAAAAAAUUCCAGGAUGACCAUAAAGCCAAGGCGGAUUGUACAAUGCAAGAAAAAUGUGGUGAUAUGUCCGAUAUACCGAAAAUACGUCUAUCAUCUAAGAAAAUACUUAAGGGCCAUAUCAACAAAGUGAACUCGGUACAUUUUGCCGGAGAUUCUAGACACUGUGUUACCGGUUCACUGGAUGGCAAAUUGAUUAUAUGGGAUACAUGGACGGCCAAUAAAGUGCAGGUCAUACCUUUACGUUCGGCCUGGGUAAUGACUGUGGCAUUUUCACCCUCCGGCAAUUUUGUGGCCUGUGGCGGCAUGGACAAUCAGUGUACCGUGUACGAUGUUAACAAUCGUGAUGCCUCGGGUGUAGCCAAAAUGACUAGAGAAUUGUUGGGCUAUGAGGGUUUCUUAAGUUCUUGUCGCUUUUUGGAUGACACCCAUUUAAUAACAGGUUCAGGUGAUAUGAAAAUUUGCCAUUGGGAUUUGGAAAAGGGUGUUAAGACCAUGGAUUUCAAUGGUCAUGCUGGUGAUAUAGCCGGUUUAUCUUUAUCGCCCGAUAUGAAUACUUAUAUAACGGGUUCUGUGGAUAAAACGGCGAAAUUGUGGGAUGUACGCGAGGAAACACAUAAACAAAUGUUUUUCGGUCAUGAAAUGGAUGUUAACUCGGUUUGUUAUCAUCCUAGUGGCAAUGGUUUUGCUUCAGCAUCAGAGGAUCAAACUGCUCGUUUGUAUGAUAUAAGAGCCGAUCAACAAAUUGCUUUAUAUGAGCCGCCACAAAAGAAUACUGGUUUCACUUCAUGUGCCCUCUCGACCAGUGGACGUUAUUUAUUGUGUUCAGGCAUCGAGGGCAAUAUACAUUCGUUCGAUACCAUGAAAGUAUGUCAUAAUGGUAUGCUGCAAGGUCAUGAAAAUCGUAUUACAUGCAUUAGCUUGUCACCAAAUGGCAUGUGUUUGGCCUCUACUAGCUGGGAUCAACAAGUACGCUUGUGGCUUUAAGCUUAAUUUGUGUAAUUUAUUUGAUAUCUUUAUUUAUCAAGUAAUAGUUUUGGAAAAACAAAGCCAUUUCAUUAAGACAUUUAUGUAUAAAAGAGAAAAAAAAAACUUUUGAGAAAUACUCGUAUUUAGACAAAAUUAAAAAUACAAUUUAUGAUUAAAUAACAACAUAAAUGUUAUAUUAAAACAAAAAAAUCAAAAGUAAACAAUAAGAAACUGUAGUUUUGAAAUAAAAGCCAAUUUAAACGAUGACUAAUUUUCAAAUAUAAUUAAAGAGUAAACAAA